CGGAGCGAUCCGGGCGGUGAGGCGGUUUAUGAGGCGCCGCCGGCGGGCGGGUAGGACUCAGUGUGAGGCGAGCCGUGCAGCGGGAAGGUCGCGCAGCGUGCGCCCUGUGCAGCCCUCAGCUCCCACCGCACCCCGCAGCCAGGCCGGGCCACCAUGGCUGAUCAACUGACAGAAGAGCAGAUUGCAGAAUUCAAAGAAGCUUUUUCACUAUUUGACAAGGAUGGUGAUGGUACUAUAACUACAAAGGAGUUGGGGACAGUGAUGAGAUCACUUGGUCAAAACCCCACAGAAGCAGAGCUACAGGAUAUGAUCAAUGAAGUAGAUGCUGAUGGCAAUGGCACAAUUGACUUUCCAGAGUUUCUGACAAUGAUGGCAAGAAAAAUGAAAGAUACAGAUAGCGAAGAAGAAAUUAGAGAAGCGUUCCGUGUCUUUGACAAGGAUGGUAAUGGUUACAUUAGUGCUGCAGAACUCCGUCAUGUGAUGACAAAUCUGGGGGAGAAGCUAACAGAUGAAGAAGUCGAUGAAAUGAUUAGGGAAGCAGACAUUGAUGGUGAUGGUCAAGUAAACUAUGAAGAGUUUGUACAAAUGAUGACAGCGAAGUGAAGACGUUGUACAGAAUGUGUUAAAUUUCUUGUACAAAAUUGUUUAUUUGCCUUUUCUCUGUUUGUAACUUAUCUGUAAAAGGUUUUUCCCUUACUGUCAAAAGAUUAUGCAUGUAUAGUAAUUAGAAGGCCAUUCCUCCAUGUUUUUCUCCUUUAUCUUACUGUCAUUGUUCUGAUUUUUGGAAAAUUGAUCUAAGUAACAAAUGUUGCAUGUGGCUUACUCUGGAUAUUUAAGCCCUUCUGCACAUCUGAAGUUAGAUGAAGUUGGUUAACUGAGGGAACAUCUGGAUUGUCUAUUAAAAAAGUAGCUUUCUCUAGGAAACUUAGGUAUGACUAGUGUGACAAGUUACAUAAAGUAAGCUAGGGUUUACCAUGCAUUAGCUGAUCCUUAGUUAAAGCACCAUGCUGGUUCUACUUCUUGAGUACAUAGGAGUUUUUCCUAUAGGAGUUUUUACCACUUUCUGUGAUGGGAGGAUAAUGACUCUUGCAGCUUAACUGCAGGAUAAAAUGAUGUGAAUAGCAUAUAUUAUGUGGCUAAUGCACUGUAAAAGUCAUUCUCCUAGCUUACUUCACAGUAACUUGUCUGUGGCCAUACCUGUAACAUGUUGUUGAAAUGUGGAGUCUUAACGUUGUAGACGAUUGACAGUCAACAAUAUGAAACUUAAGUUGCACUAAUGCAAAACGGGUGAUUUAUCCAGGUACUCGUACACAAGUUUUUUUUUGUACUGCUGGUCCUGUGCCAGAAAACAUUUUCUCCUCUUGUUACUAUGCUUUUUAAACUUUGUUUAGCCACUUAUUUUCAAAAAAAUCUGCUUAUGGCACGAUUUGCCUCAAAUCCAUUCCAAGUUGUAUAUUUGUUUUCCAAUAAAAAAUUACAAUUUACCCA